AUGUCGGCAGCUAAUUUGAAGGUAAACAUCCCGACAUUCACACUCAGCAAUGGUGUGAAGAUGCCUGCUGUUGGAUACGGCACGUGGAUUGGUGAAGAUGAGAACAACCACCUUCUAGUCAAAGACAAGCAGAAAUUUCUUGAGGCUAUGUCUUACGCCAUUGACGUGGGCUACAGACAUUUGGAUACCGCACACUUUUACCAGAUGGAACCGGAAGUAGGCUGGGUUGUACGGAAGAAGAUACAGGAAGGAAUUAUCACGAGGGAGCAGGUGUUUAUUACUACGAAGGUAUGGCAGCACAAUCACAGGGCGGAAGAUGUGGAGGCCUCGGUCCGAGGAUCACUUGAGAGGAUGGGUCUGGAUUAUGUUGAUCUCGUGCUUAUGCACUGGCCUAUGUCUAUAUCGGCCGAGGGUGUGGAUGAAAAAAUAGAUUACAUUGAAUCCUGGCGCGGGUUCGAAUCCGUUUUUGACAAAGGUCUGGCAAAAUCUGUAGGCAUCUCAAACUUAAAUGUGCAACAGAUAGAUAGGUUGUUGAAGAACUGUCGAGUCAAACCGGUGGUGAACCAAGUUGAGUUAAACAUUAACCUGGCCCAAAAUGAUUUGGUGUCUUAUUGUCAUACGCAUGGCAUUCAAUGUGUCGCGUAUACGCCAUUCGGUAGUAUGCUGCCAGGUAGAGAAGACCCAAAUAAUCAAGGGACAAAGUAUGAACGCGGUCUGGUCUCUAUACCGAAAACUAUAACGAAGUCUCGCGUCGUGGAAAACGCUUCAAUUUUUGACUUCAAUCUCGAUGCCAGUGACGUAAAGACGCUGGACUCUCUAGAUAACGGCUAUCGAACAGUUCGUCCGUUAUACUGGCAGGAAUAUGAAAACUAUCCGUUUGAUCGUAUCGACGGCCCGAUACCCAAGAUACCGGACCUCUACCUUAAAUGGGACGAUGGCGGGAAAAUUGACAUUUGA